AUGACAACAUCUGCCAUUUCAAAGCAACAAGCAGUGGAGCUCAAAGAUAAGGGUAAUGCAUUGUUGAAAGAUCAUAAGUUCGAAGAAGCAAUAGAAGCCUAUAGCCGGGCCAUUGAAAUUGAUCCGCAUAAUGCAAUAUUCUAUUCUAAUCGUGCUCAAGUUCAUAUCAAGUUGGAAAAUUAUGGUUUUGCGAUUCAAGAUUGUGACAAGGCUUUGGAAAUAAACCCUUCAUUCAUGAAGGCAUACUAUCGUAAGGGUGUUUCUCAAAUGGCUAUCUUAAAGCAUAAAGAAGCCCAGGCUAAUUUUGCUCGGAUUUUGAAAAGCUUGCCAAAUGAUAAAUUAACCUUGGAGAAUUACAAGCAAUGUACCAAUUAUUUAAAGAGACAAGCAUUUGAGAGAGCUAUUGCCGGUGUUGAUAGAGCCUCCGUCAUAGAUAGUGUAGAUUACAACUCUAUUCAAAUUGAAAAAUCUUGGAAAGGUCCAGAAUUAGAUAUUGAGGUGAAGAAAUCAAAAACUGAAACUGUUGUGAAUAUACAAGGUUUGAACAUUGACUAUUUGAAAUAUAUGAUUAAAUUAUUCAAAGAUGGUGGUGUUUUGCCAAAGAAGCAUGUAUUUGCCAUAAUUGCAAAGGUUAAUGAAAUAUUUAAGAAGGAGAAAACAAUGACUGAAAUUGUUUUACCCCAUUCAAAGAUGGAAUUAAUUCCAGGUGAUGAUGAAAUUAUAGUAGAAGAUGGAAAGACGAUAACUGUUGUAGGGGAUACCCAUGGUCAAUUCUAUGAUGUGUUGAAUAUAUUUGCAAAGAAUGGUCAUGUCUCUCAAGAUCAUGUUUAUUUAUUCAAUGGUGAUUUCGUAGAUAGAGGAUCUUGGUCCUGUGAAGUUGCAUUAUAUUUAUAUGUUUUGAAAGCCAUUUUUCCAAAUUCGUUAUUUAUUAAUCGUGGGAAUCAUGAAACAAGCGACAUGAAUAAAACUUACGGUUUUACUGAUGAAUGUGAAUUUAAGUACUCAAAGAAGGUUUUCGAGGCAUUUAGUGAAUCCUUUGGCUCAUUACCUUUAGCAUGUUUGAUCAAUCGUUCAUAUUUGUGUAUGCACGGUGGGUUGUUUUCGAAUGACAAGGUUACAUUAAAUGAUAUCAAAUCCAUCAAUAGAUUCCCAGCCUCGGGAUCAACUCAACCUCCAAGGGAAGGGUUAGCUAUGGAAUUAUUAUGGACUGAUCCACAAGCUGCAAAUGGACGUGCCCCAUCUAAGAGAGGUAUUGGGAUGCAAUUUGGUCCAGAUAUAACCGAGCGUUUUUGUUUAAGUAACCAAUUGAGAAAGAUCUUAAGAUCUCAUGAAGUACGCAUGGGAGGAGUGGAAGAAGAGCAUAAUGGCCGAUUAGUCACAGUAUUUAGUGCACCUAACUACUGUGACUCGACAGGAAAUUUGGGAGGUGUUGUACAUAUUACAGAGAAUGUGAAUUACGACAAAACUAAAGACAGUGGAGAAGGAUACAGGGAUCCAAAAGAUAGUAAUUGUCCCUGGAGUUUGGAGACUGUAACUUUUGAAGCUGUACCUCAUCCUGAUUUGAAACCAAUGGCAUACUCAAAAGGUGGUUUUGGAUUUUAG